CACGUUUAGAACGAGAUGGCGGGACGCGUGGGUCUUGAUGCGCAUGCGCGGUCCAACAUGGCGACGUGAAGGGCGGACCCACCAAGCCUCGCUCCCAAAAAGCUGAUUUAUCCUCCUAUCGUCGAGCGAGAUGGAGGACGGACUUCUUUCCUUGAAGUGGAACAACCACAGAUCCACUUUUUUCCACAUUCUUAGUGAAGUGCGGGGUAAACAGACGUACACGGAUGCGACGCUGGCGUGCGAGGGGAAGUUCUUCCCCGUGCAUAAGCUGGUCAUGUCGACGUGCAGUGACUACUUUGCGGAGAUCUUUGAAAAGACGCCGUGUAAGAACCCUGUGGUAGUGCUCAAGGACAUCAAGAAGUCAGACUUAGAGGCCUUGUUAGACUAUAUGUACAUAGGCGAGGUGGACGUGCGGCAGAGCGAGCUGGCCGGCCUCAUCAAGGCGGCGGAGUGCCUGCGCAUCAAGGGUCUGGCCGUGCCGGACGAGGACCCCACCAAGGCCCACAAGAAGGCCCCCACCACUGUACCUGAGCGGCGGGAGGACAGCCCUCCGGCGAAGAGAAAAAGACGGGACUCGGGGGGCGACCGCGGGAGGGUCCCUUCGCCGCCCCUGCCCCGGGGAUCCUCCCAGUCUUCCUCCCACACUUCCACAACACCAGUGCCUAGUCAAGCACCCCCCCCCUCCUCCAGUGUACCUGAGUCACAUGUGCCAUCCCAGCCCAUGCCCCCGCCGCCCUCCCUGGGCCAGGAGGCGGGCCGGCCGCGCUCCGACGCCCCGCCCUCCUCUCACCUCCACCACCCGCCGCUGUCCUCGGUCCGGGGCGCCGCGGAGAGCCUGCGUUCUCCCCCCGGGGGGCCCGCGGACAGCCAUGGGGCGGGCACGUCGCCCCGCACUGUGGACCCGUCCAUCCUGCCGGUGCAGAUGAUCAAGGUGGAGGUGGACGAGGCGGGGGAGUCUGGCGGGGCGGGGAAGGAGGGGCACGACGGGGGGAGGGAGGAGGGGAGCGAGCUGGACGACAACGAGGAGGAGGGCAGCAAUGACUUCUCCGAGUACCAGGGACACCCGGGGGAGAUAGAGAAGGAGGAGCACGACCAGGUGGAGUCCUACACCACUGACCAGCUGCCGGGACCCUCAGGGCUGCAGGGGGCCCCCCCGGUGCUGUCGUGGGGUGAGGAGGGGGAGGGAGGCUUCCCCCACAACCUCUUCGGCAGCGAUGACGCGGCGGCAGCGCAACAAGCGGCGGUGCAGCGGGCCGUGGCAGCGCUGGGGGGCGGGCGUCUGGUGUGUCCCAUGUGCCCGCGAACCUUCCCGUCAGUGGAGGAGCUGGGGCGGCACAUCCCGAUGCAUACCUUUGACAAACUGUACCGCUGCCAGCAAUGUUUCUACCGCACCGACUCCAGGUCUAAUCUCCUGCGCCACCUCAGGACUCACACCGGGGAAAAGCGACAUGGCUGCCCUGUGUGUCCCUACCGUGCCGGCCAGCGCUCUGAUCUCCGCCGCCACCUAAGAGUUCACGCCCUCAAGCAAUUCAAUAACAUCUUUCGCUGCCGCUUGUGUGACGAAACCUCCCCCUCCGCCACCGCCUUCGCCAGACACAUCCUCGAAUCUCACUCCAGGACGCCCCAGGGGGAAAACCACGACGAGGACCCUCAGGACAUCCCGCAGGACCCUCUAGAAGACCCAAGGACCCUCCCGUCAGGUCCCACAGGGCAGGAUAAUGUGUCCUCUAACUCACCGAAGGAUUCCGCGGCCACAGGGGACCUAGAUGACCCCACGGAGGACCCCCUGGACGAUUCCUAGACCCCCUCUCCCUCUCACCCACUCCCGUGUGUGUGUGUGUGUGUGUGUGUGUGUGUGUGUGUGUGUGUGUGUGUGUGUGUGCGUGUCCGGAAUGUAAAUCUGGUGCUUACAACUUUUCAUGUAAACUUUGUGUGUGUGUGUGUGUGUGUGUGUGUGUGUGUGUGUGUGUGAAGACAAGAAUAUAAGUAUGAGUUGUUUUUUAUUUAUUAAUGCUAUUAUUAUCAUUAUUAUUAUUGUUGUCGUUGUUAUUGUUAUUAUUAUUAUCAUCAUUAUUAUUAUUGUAGAUUCUUCGUUAAAUCUUCACAUUAUACAGUCUACGCAAAUAAUGACAACGAUAACAACGACAACAAUGAUAACAACACGCCUCAAAGUUUGCCAGUGUUAAGGUUAAAGAUAAAAGUGUGAGAAAAAAUUAACUCGUGCCAUGAAAGCAAAUAGAAGUGUGCCAUGAGAGAGAGAGAGAGAGAGAGAGAGAGAGAGAGAUUAAUUUUUCCAGUGUGGCGUUCGAAUCCAGAUAAUGAAUUAAUGGAUGAAUGAAGCGUUUCGAAACAUCAUUAUUAUUAUUAUUAUUAUUAUUAUUGUUAUUAUUAUUAUUAUUAUUAUUAUUAUUAUUACUAAAAGAAUGAUUAGUAAUAUAAUGAUGUGCUAUUUUGUUUUGUUUGCUUUCUGUUUUGUUUAAUUUGUUUGCAGAGAGAGAGAGAGAGAGAGAGAGAGAGAGAGAGAGAGAGAGAGAGAGAGAGAGAGAGACCACAUAUGCACUUAUUAUAACAUAGUAUUAGAAUAAACAAAUAAACAAUAACAUAAACAACGCACUUAAUUGUUUGCAAAGUGACCAGGUGUAAACAAGGUGUGGCGCGGACGGAGACAGGUGUGGCAGGCAAACAAGGUGAGGGAAAGUACUGGUAGCAAGUCUCAGGUGGACGAGGCAAACAGUCGCUGGUGAAGACUAAUUGUUUGCUCUCAUUAGGCAGGAAGAAAAACCUGGUGAUGUUUGCGUGAGAGAGAGAGAGAGAGAGAGAGAGAGAGAGAGAGAGAGAGAGAGAGAGAGAGAGAGAGAGAGAGAGAGAGAGAGAGAGUUGCUACUUAAUUAAAAGUAAACAAGGUAAAUAGACAGAAAGAGAGAGAGAGAGAGAGAGAGAGAGAGAGAGAGAGAGAGCAAACAAACAACUGCAAACAAAAUACAUAAACAACAUGCAAAAACCCCAAUAUGAACAAUAAAAACAAACCAAAAAAAUUCAAGGAAAACAAAGUGUAAACAAGUAAACAAGGUGUAAACAAUGGAUGUAAACAACUUUAGGGUGUAGACAAGCGUACACUCCACUCACUACACACUUGACGAGUAGCUCUUAAGUAUCCUGUGUGUUAAAUGAAGAUGAUCUGUAUAUUAUAAAGUAUAUUUUGAUGCAAA